AUGCCGAUUAUCCUCCAAGACGACCACCAGCACGCGGCGGCCAUGACGUUUACCCCGUCGCGCGCCCAGCCAGAGCGGUCGCAAACCAAGCCGGUGACGUCGCCGCUUACGCAUGACGAAGACGAAGCCUGCCAGUCCAUGUUGCUCGUCAACUACAUUAUCUAA